UGCCACCAGUGACCUGUGACGCCCAGGGCAGGAGGUUUCAGGAGGGGAUAAAUCCUUUGCAGUGUCCUAGGCUACAGAGCGAGGCUACAGAGGGAGGAACAUCCAUUGACCACCAUGCGCGAGCUCUAUAGCAAGCAGGACACCCUGGCGCUGCGGGAGAAGCAUAUCGGGCCCUCGUGCAAAAUUUUCUUUGCAGCGGAUCCCAUCAAAAUAAUGCGAGCCCGAGGGCAGUACAUGUUUGAUGAGAAAGGCGAACGGUACUUAGACUGCAUCAACAACGUGGCGCACGUGGGACACUGUCACCCAGAAGUGGUCAAAGCUGCGGCGAAACAGAUGGAAUUACUAAAUACAAAUUCUCGUUUCCUCCACGACAACAUCAUCGAGUUUGCCAAGCGCCUCACAGCCACCCUGCCUCAGAAGCUCUCGGUUUGCUACUUCACAAACUCCGGAUCCGAAGCCAACGACUUAGCCUUACGCCUGGCACGGCAGUUCCGAGGCCACCAGGAUGUGAUCACUCUUGACCAUGCUUACCACGGCCACCUCUCGUCAUUAAUUGAGAUCAGUCCUUAUAAGUUUCAGGAGGGCAAAGAUGUCAAGAAGGAAUCUGUACAUGUGGCACCAGCACCAGAUACGUACAGGGGGAAAUACAGAGAGGACCACGAAGACCCAUCCACCGCAUAUGCAGACGAGGUGAAGAAAAUCAUUGAAGAAGCUCAGAGCAGAGGAAGGAAGAUUGCUGCCUUUAUUGCUGAAUCCAUGCAGAGUUGUGGUGGACAAAUUAUUCCUCCAGCAGGCUACUUCCAGAAAGUGGCUGAACAUGUUCGCCAAGCAGGGGGCGUGUUCAUUGCCGAUGAAGUUCAAGUAGGCUUUGGCAGAGUCGGGAAGCAUUUCUGGAGCUUCCAGAUGUCUGGCGAAGACUUCGUUCCAGACAUCGUCACCAUGGGGAAACCUAUGGGCAACGGCCACCCGAUAUCCUGUGUGGUGACAACCAAAGAAAUUGCAGAAGCUUUCAGCAGCUCGGGCAUGGAAUAUUUCAAUACGUAUGGAGGAAAUCCAGUGUCUUGUGCAGUUGGCUUGGCUGUGCUGGAUGUAAUUGAAAAGGAAAACCUUCAAGGAAAUGCUGUGCGAGUGGGGAAGCAUCUCAUAGAGUUACUGAAGGAACAGAAGGCCAAGCAUCCAUUGAUAGGGGACAUCAGAGGUAUAGGCCUUUUCAUUGGCAUUGAUUUGGUGAAGGACCAUGAGGAAAGGACGCCUGCGACAGCCGAGGCACAGCACGUCAUCUAUGAGAUGAAAGGCAAAGGGAUACUUCUCAGUGCCGAUGGCCCUCACAGGAAUGUGCUGAAAAUAAAACCACCCAUGUGCUUCACAAAAGAAGAUGCAAAGUUCCUGGUGGACCACCUUGAUGACGUUUUAACAGUUCUAGAAGAAGUCAUGGACUCCAGGAGUGCAAGUGUGGUCUCUGAGAACACAGCUUGCAGAACCAAGACGCCUAAGGAAGAACAUGUGGAAUUGCCCAACCUUAGUGCCACCGACGCCAGAGAAAUCCACAGCAGGAAGAGAAACGGUGCAUGCUCAGACCAGCAUGUCCUGCUCAGCAAAAGACUCAAGACCUGAGAGCUGAACGUUAGACAGUGGGUAAAUGUCCCCGGAUACAGCGAGCAAGUGACUGCAUCUCACCUCUUAGUCAUCCUUUGAAUUACAGCUUUCACCUGGCUAGCUUGUACAGUAAAGGAUAGAUUAAUAAUAUCGAUAAUCAAAGCGAUAAACUACAUCAACAUUAUUAAUGGAGCCUCUUGCCUGGUGAUUCAUUGCCUGCAAGUCUGAAGUUACUUAUUCUACUAAAACUGAGUUUUCUAUUGCAAGAUUAAGCUGGGCACCUUGCUUCUCAUGUUGUAAUGUUGGAAAUUAGAGAAGCAAGUGAAGUCUAUCCCUUCACUUCAAGGAGUUGGUAUGAUAAAGUAUUUUUAAUCAUGAGACAUACUCUAAAAUGGUUAAUAUAUAAACGUUAUAGGUUUUAAUAAAAAAUGAUAUAGAAAAAAAUGAAGACUGUAAAAUGCAGAGGGCAUUGUGGGUUACGGUGGUGAGAUCUAAAUCGCUCUGAAAGGAAAUCCCAGAGCAGAGAGAAAAAAACGGCAAAGAACUGUGGUUGAAGUGGUAGGAAGCCUGAUUGCUUGCUAUCCUGUGGGAACUGAAAGGGAACACGCGUACACAGGAACACUUGCAUGAAAGAUGGUUCUCGAGUGGCAGAAGCAGCCAAAGCCCAGCAUUCAGAGUUGGGAACUGUGGUUCUGGCUACUCGCAGGCCGUGCCACCUUGACCACAUUGCUUACCUAUCAAGUAAGAAUGGUCCCUUCUCUGACCAUCUCAUCUUCCCCAAGUUCAUUGACACCUGCAUCCCACAUAUCCUAAAUUACCUUCGUCCGACCUGAAUCUCUCCAUUGCCUUCCUACUAGUUAUUAACUCGCUGGUUUGUUUUUAUUCUGCAAAGAAGAGGCUAACUUUUCUAUGUCUGUUUACUGUUAACUGAGUGGGAUGUCUUGGGAGUAUGGGCCUGUUCUUUGGAUAAUGGUAUUUUAUAUAGGACUCCUUGUCUGUGGGUAGCACAUGUGGACAGCCUUGGAUUUUGGUGCUGGGAGUCUGUAUAAAAGCAAAAACAAGGCAACAU